AUGGAGGACAAGUUAAGAGAAAAAAUAAAGAAAUUAAGAGAGAAAUACAAGAAGAGCGAAACCCAAUCGCCAGUAAUCAGAACAGCGCUGCCUCUACCGACGUUUAACGGAGAGAUCACAGCCUGGAAAGGAUGGAGAGCGAUGUGGACGGCGUAUGACGCCGACCCAAGGCAAACAGAAGCCGAAAAAUUUCAAUAUCUGCGGAUAAGCCUGAAAGGCAGCAAUGCUGAAACUGGAGAAAAGAUUCGGGACACGGAAAAACAAAAGUCCCACUACGUGAACGAAUUGAAGAGCCUCGUAGCAAUACGGCUAGGAGAUUCGGCCACAAUCGAUCAAUUGAGGAGAAUCUACGAUGGGCUAACAAACACCAGAGUAGCCUUAACGAGUCUUGAAGUAGACAUGGGUGGCUAUGGAGAAUACAUCGCGGGUGAUGUGCUAAAGGCGCUGCCGAAAGCUCUAACUUCGCGAUGGUGGAGAGACAAGUGGUUUGACGAGGAUCAACCAACAUUAGAAGCCAUUCUCAAGGAGCUUGAUCGAGAGAUACGGCUCAGAGAAAUGGAGGAAGGUCCGGUAAAUCAGCCACAAAGCCCCAGAAGGGAACCUCAAGAAAGGGGAGGAAGAAUGACACCCUGUUGUUUCUGUCAGCAGAAUCAUAUACACCAUAGAUGUAUGGUGAAUACCCCGCAGUUCAGACGGACGCUAUGCGAACGAGAGAACCGUUGCUUGAAAUGCCUCGGCAGACCGCAUAGAACGGAGCAUUGCGUAGCGAAAGUCCCUUGCAGAAACUGCGGGAGUAUGGAUCAUAGCCCGGCGCUAUGUCUGUCCAGACAGAGACAAUACGGGCCUGUCAGACCUCAGUCCCCGAAAAGACCAAACAGAUCGGUGACUGUAGACACCAACGUGAAUUGUGCGCAAGCAACCUCGAUCGGACUGCCCACGUUCACGGCGGUGUUGCAAGGGAAGAGUAACAGGAGAAUAAAAGUGCUGGGACUGAUAGACUCGGGGAGCGAGAAAACGUUCAUCCGACAGAGUCUAAUCAGAAGAUUAAAGGCAGAUGAAGAAGAAGAAGGAGAAGUAAAGCUGAAUACGUUUGGUUCAGACCAAGUUGAAAGCACGGUGCUAAAGACAUAUAGCAUAUGGAUGAUCCCCGAGAAGCAGGGGAAGAUAAAAAUCAAAGCUACGGCGAUAAAAUACGUGGCAAAAGCAACCCCUAAAGUCCGGUCAAAACUGGUGGAAAUUUUGACGGAAAAGGGGGAGAAGAUCGCGGAUGAAAGGCAUUUCAAGCCCGAUAACAAGAUAGAGUUUGACAUGAUAAUAGCAUGCGACUAUUAUUGGCAAAUUCUAAAACACCAAACGAGAAAGGGUCCAGACGACUCAGUGGCAUGUGCCAGUAAGCUGGGGUGGAUUAUUUUUGGAGCACCCUCAGCAGGAAAUCAGAAGGAAGUAUCGGCAAACAUAGUUACACAGGCCGAUGGGAAAAGAGCGAUGGUAGACUUCAAGGAAUUCUGGGCCUUGGAACACAUGGGAGUUACGCCCCAAGAGUUAGAGGACCCGGGAUUCCUGAAAAACUACCAGGAGACUAUAAAGAAAGACCAAACGGGCAGAUACGAGAUUCUGUUCCCGUUCAAAAACAACAGAAGGUCGAUGGAGUCUAACAAGAACAUAGCCUCGAUCAGGCUAAAAGGGUUGCUGAAGAAAAUGAAGUGGGAGGACAGAGUGGCCUACCACGAAGUUUUCCAGCAGUACCUGGAGAAGGGAUACAUAGAGGUAGCAGACAAAAGCUACACGGGAGCCUGUACGUAUUUGCCGCACAGCCCGGCGAUAAAAACGGAGGCAGCAACGACCAAAAUCAGGCCGGUGUUUGAUGGCUCGGUCCACCAACAAAGUAGGCCUAGCUUAAACGACCUGUUGGAGACCGGGCCAAACUUGAAUCCAGAACUGUUGUCAGUGCUGCUCAGGUUCAGGCAAAACAAGAUAGCGUGGAUGGCGGACAUCACGCAGGCAUUCCUUCAGAUAGGAAUACAGGAAGAGCACGGACAGAUAGUCCGGUUCUUAUGGAUAAAAGACCCGAGAGAAGACAACUCGGAAUGGAUAGAAUACAGGUGGAAGAGGGUACCAUUUGGGCUCUCGAGUAGCCCGUUUAUUCUAAGGGCAGUCAUUCUGAAAUGCCUGGAUGAGCAUAAAGAAGACCACCCGGAGUUGGUAGAACAACUGGGCUCACAGUUAUAUGUGGACGAUUGGUUGGGGGGAGUCAGCAGCAUUCCCCAAGCAAUUGACCUGAUAACGCAGGCGCAGAGACUGUUCAGCUCAGCUAAAAUGGAGCUUAAAAAAUGGACGACAAAUAGCAAGGAACUGAGAGAACGGCUACAGACGUUGCAGUUCCAGAACAACGAGAAAACGAUGGGAGACAAUACGGAAAAGACCGUAAAAGCAUUAGGGGUCACUUGGGAUCCGGAGACGGACUCAUUUAGAUUUAGACCCGAGAAAAUAGUAGAAGAGGCCGAGGAGUUGAAUAAAAGGCCGACGAAGAGGAAGCUGUUCAGCCUGGCGCUAAAAGUCUUCGACCCGAUGGGGUUAAUAUCACCGGUAACGGUAGUAGCGAAGAUCAUUAUGCAAGAGGUCUGGAUAGACAAGACAGGCUGGGAUGAACCAGUGUCAGCAAGCAUAAUGCCACACUGGGAGACAUUCAUUAAAAGUUUUUCGGAGCUUACGAACACUAAGCUGGGACGGUGGACUGGAGAGAUCCGUUCACCGAGGUUACACUUGUUUUGUGACGCGAGUGACGACGCGUAUAGUGUAGCCCCAUAUUUAGAGACAGGAGAAGAGACAAAGCUGUUAUGCAGCAAAACCCGGAUAGCACCGAACCCCAAAAAAUCAGUAUCAACCCCCAGGUUGGAGCUGCUCAGCAAUUUGCUGGCAGUCAGGCUGGGGGAAUACAUUGAAAGGUCUCUUGGACGAUCGUUCGAGAAAACACUGUGGACAGAUUCGGCGAUAGCCUACUGGUGGAUGAAAGGCGAGUCGGGCCGUUGGAAACAGUUCGUUCACAACCGAGUGACAGAGAUAAGAGAAAAAAUCGACAUAGAAUCGAUAAGGCACUGCCCGGGAGUACAAAACCCGGCAGAUAUAGCAUCGAGAGGGGCUUCAGUGAGCCAGCUGAACCAAAAAAGUGAUUGGUGGGUUGGCCCGAAAUGGCUGAACAAAAAAGAGAAUUGGCCGAAGAAUCCAGCACAAGUGGAGCUGGAUUGUACGGCAGAAAUCAGAAAAGAGGAACGAGCCAAAGAAAUAACACAAUGCAGUGUGUCGAUACCAAAGGAAAAAGAAAGGUAUGAAAACUAUAGUUCACUGCGCACGAUCGUCAGGAUCUGGGCGACAGUGAAAAGAGCGGUGAAGAGGUUUAAGGGACAAUCGAAUCCCGAGACACCACUGGCAGAAGUGUCUAGUGGAACCUCGCAGUAG